UUUCAUAAUUUCUAUAAUGUGGAUAACAAUACUUAUCUUGCAUUUAAUACCGAUUGGUAAAUAAUGUUUGUUUACUUUGGCACUGCCUUUGACGGUUCUUUCGGUAUUCUUUCGGCUUCAGUUUUUGCGGGUCUCUAUCUAUAAAUAACAUCUCUGGUGAAAACUAUUGCUUUCGUCUGUCCAACCAGGUCCAAGCAAGGUCUGUUGUAUGAACAACAUCUCUGGUGAAAACUUUGUUUUCGUUUGUCCAAUCAGGCCCAACCAAGGUCUGUUGUGUGCAGUGCAGUGAUCGGUUAUUAGAGCAAUAAUUAUUAAAUAUUGUUUACACGUUUGUGCCACUCAUUGGAGUCCUGAAUCCUGAUGUUGGAAUAAACCGACAAACGAUCAAGAAACUGCCAACGUGGUGUAAAUCGAAAAAUAAGCCAUGGCAUCGUCGAUAGUCAAGAUAGAAUGUGAAGAUUUCAGAAUCUCUCAUUCAAUAUGUCGACUUUGUAUGGGCAAUGAACUGCUCGAUGAUAUAUUCAAGGAAAACGAUCUGCACCAAUGGAUAUCGGACUUUCUAUCAAUAACGGUAUCUCCAGAGGACCAAAGAAGCCAAUCCAUAUGCGCUAUCUGCCGUAAACGGAUAACCGAGUUUCAUCAGUUUCGGGUACGCUGUCGGGAUGUACAAAAUGUUUUAGAAUCCAUGGCUCAGAAUGCAAAUGUUGAAUCAGUACAAUUUCGACGUCAGCGGAUUUGGGAAGAGAAUUUGUGCAAAUACUGCGGAAAAUCAUUUUCGAAACGGCAACAUUUGGACAAACACAUGUUAAUCCACGAGGAAAUGGAUAGAAAUGAGCUAAUUAUCGAACAAACCAAUGAGCAAUGUGAUAUAAAUGAAGAUGUCGUGAAUCAUAAGGAUCGGGCAUCGAAUAACUUAUAUUUGCCGCAUAAUGUGGAAGCUGAUCACGAUGAAGCGCCCGAUAGUGAAGAUUCUAUUGUCUUAGAGGAUAUGAUCGACAUAUCAGAAGUUAAAGUCGAAAACCGUGCGGAUGAUGAUACGCAAGCAUUCCAAGAAUCGAGUGCUCCAUUGAGUAAAGCAUCUUUCGGCUGGAGUAAUGUUGAUGGCAGUAAAGACCAAACUUCGAAAGAUAGUGGUGAAGAAGUCCAAGACAAAGAAUCAUUCCAAUGCAACAUAUGUAAUAAAAUGUUGACAUCUGGACGUACACUGUGGGGUCACAUCAGGGCAGUACAUGGCCCAAAAAACCAUGUUUGUCGUAUUUGCAAAAUUGGAUUUCCUUUUCAAAAGGAAUUGAAGAAGCACUAUGCCACCAUUAAGCAUAGGAACAAAAUACAAGAAAUUCGCGAUAAUGGAGAAUCGUAUGAUGAAGAUGAUGGGGAUGAUGCAGUGCAAAAUCAAGAAGAGAUUGAUACCGCUUUUGAUGACAGUGUCAGGCUGAAGAAGUUAGUUCCAACUGAUGAGAACUAUCAACAAUACUCGUGUUCGAAAUGCAGUCGAACGUUCAUUUAUGAGAGCCACUUAGAGAAACAUUUUAAAUCUCACGAAGAGGACGAUGUAUACACGGCUGAAGGUUCUGAUAACAGCGGGAAUGGUUCGGCUGAAGGGAAACACACAAAAAAUAGCGAUCGACAGUUGAAAUGUAAAAUAUGUAAUAGGUUGUAUCCAAAUUUAAGGAAACUGAAGCAGCACAGGAGAUGUCAUGACACUAAAACCCAUAGAUGUCCUAUGUGUGAAAAAUUGUUUUUGACACGGUCCAUAUUAAGGAAACAUGUUGUGACGCAUAAGCAGGUUCGUGAACGUAAACAAGAAAGCCCGGUUGCGGUAGAGGACAAUUCUGCUGAGCCAUUUAAGUGCGACAUAUGCCACAAGACGUUCAAGCGAAUGAGCACUAUGCAGGGCCACAAGAAAAUAGCACACGGACCAGACGUUCAUGAAUGUAAAACUUGUGGGGAGGAAUUUCGCACAAGUGCCGGCUUGGAAUUCCAUAAGUUAAAUCAUUCAAUAAUCAAAAAAAUGCCUUCAUAACAGAUGCAACAAACACACAUGAUUUUGAAUAAAAGCUGACAGAGUCACUCUAACUAAUUAA